CGCAAAACUCCAUGUGGUCUUAAACAACUUCGAAACCACCAGUCGGCGACGAUAACAAACCCAAAUUCGCACGCGCUACCCAAGAAAUCAGCCAAGUUGGAAUUUCGACGACGAAUAGUAGUCGAACUACCCCGAGUUGAACUUUUCAAAUCAAGUCAAGAAAAUAAACCCGAAAAGAUGGCACCCACCGUUCUCCCUGCCUCUGGCAACCCGCUAGUCUUCUUCGACAUCACCCUCGGGGGUGAGCCCCUCGGCCGCAUCACCUUCGAGCUCUUCAAGGACGUAGUCCCCAGGACGGCCGAGAACUUCCGGCAGUUCUGCACGGGCGAGAGCAAGAACAACCUCGGUCGGCCGCAGGGGUAUAAGGGGAGCAAGUUCCAUCGGAUUAUCCCCAACUUCAUGUGCCAAGGCGGUGACUUUCUCAACGGCGAUGGCACCGGCUCAACUUGCAUCUACGGCACCAAGAGCUUUGCGGACGAGAAUUUCUUGCUGAAGCAUGAUACGCCUGGGUUGCUUUCUAUGGCUAACGCCGGCCCAAACACGAACGGCUCGCAAUUCUUCAUCACUACGGUCCCAACCCCCUUCCUGGACGGCAAGCACGUCGUUUUUGGUAAAGUUGUCGAUGGAAUGGAUGUCGUCAAGAAGAUGGAGAACACCAAGACUGGAUAUCGCGGUAAGGACGUGCCGAACCUGGAUGUGGUGAUUGCUCAGUGUGGUGAGAUGUAAAAAGGGGGGUUGGGGAUUUGGAAACAGGUGAUUGGAUGGGCUGAUGGUAUGGGCGGUGAUUGUUCCUUGGCGAUCACAAAAGCACCGUUUGGGAUGAAGAUGGUAGGGCCGGAAUACGGAGAUAGACAAUGAUAUCAAUACCCAGGGAUUAUCAUAUCAGAUAGUAUAUUACUCGUGGACUUAGCUUGUCAAUUUUCAAAUCCCAUAACCAGAUCAUCAUCAUCAUCAUCAUCUCAUACAUCAUAAC